CCGGAGCGGUCUGAAGGAGGUCCGGGUCGAGCUGAACUCACGGCCACAUCGCCUCAGGUCGACGCUCAGACCAGUGGGAGAAGAGUUACUGCGCGAGAGCCGACGGGCUUUGUUUGUGUUAGCAUUAGCAGAGAAGUUAGCCGAUGGCUAGUUAGCAGGAGAGGUGAGGCUAGCCCUAACCUGCUUUAACUAGUGUUCACCUUAGCAAGGAGGGAUCCUGGCUGCGGCGAGUCUGGUAUUAAGCCGCUGGAUCAGUCACUAUGUGGCCUGAUGGCUGUGCAGAGAGCAGGCAGGGCGUCUUCGACAAAGGACACACGGUCUGUGUGGUUCGGGAUCUGAGCUCGGAUCUCCUGGAAGGUGACUUUGACAUGAAUCAGUCCUAUCCGGUGUCCAGAAAGCCCAGCCUGUGUCGUCUGUCCCCCGGAUCCAUGGAUGGUGAUCUGGAAGUUUGCAGAUCUGUGGCCACAAGAAACCACCAAAGCUUACUGAACGAGUCGGAGCCACAGCUGCCCGCUGUGUCGGAGACGGAGGAGAGCCUCUAUGAUCAGCUCUUCUCUGAAGACUUCGGUUUGUCUGAAUAUCCUGCUGCCUUCAACCUCAACAGGGUCGUUCUCCUCGUCGACCCUGAAACCAGAGAGGUCUUAUCAGUGAAUGAUCAUACCUCUAAGCUGUUUGAGUGCCCAACCACGGAGCUGAUAGGAAAGAACCUCUCUUGCUUUUUAAAGAAAAGCAGUCAGAUUGUGGACAGAGUGCUGGAAGAAGAUUUCCUGCUUGUAGAUGGAACCGUGGCUCAUGUGUCUGGGAAAGUGGUGGACGCUUUGACGUCAUCGGGCGAGGUGCCCGUUUCAGUGUGCACCCACAGACGCUCAGAAAAUGAGAAGCACUGCGUUGUCAUCAUCGAAAAAGUGGAAACGUUAUCUGCCUUUUUGUCCUUCUCUCAAGAUGGCAUCAUCCAAACCUGUGACUUUGCAUUUGCCCAUCUGCAUGGAUACCACCACCCUGAGGAGCUGAAGGGGCGGUCUGUUAAGGAGCUCAUCCCCUCUUUGAAAACGUCUGUACACAGCCACGCAUUGCCCAAAUCGCUGAGGGUUCAGAGAGUGCAUGGCCGGAGCAGAGGAGGCCAAUCAGUCCCGCUGUGCGUUAAACUUCAGGGAGCAGUCCUCUGUGGGAAACCCCAGCUGCCACUGGGCGGAUCUGUAGACAGCCUGGAAAUAUCCAGGCCGGCGGGCUCCCCUCUCGGCACCGCGGACGUCUGUGAGCGACCUUCAGAUGGACAGGUGGACGGCGUCGUGCUCUCCCCCGGUCUGACCAUGGAGUACUCCGGGACGGUUUGGGUGUUUGCUCCUGUGAGCGGCCUCCUGGUGCUGCGUCCCGACGGCUCCGUCUCCAGCAUCCACCGCCACCUGGCCCUCAGUCUGUUUGGCUACAGCGAGGACGAGCUGCGGGGAAAGAGCGUCACUUUCCUGGUGCCCGGCUUCUUCCAGCGGGUGUCUUACUCAGAUGGCGAAAGCAGCCUCUUGGAUGGUUCUCACUGUGCGGCUGGUAAAGGUCCAGCCCCGUCCAACAUGUCCAGAAAAUCUGUGUUGGAGCCGUCCUCGCUGGUGGCCGGAGACAUGGGCAUGGUGCAGCAGGCCGUCCUGGGCAGGACGUCGACGGGGAGAGGCCGGAUCUUCACCGGAACCAGCACCACGCUGGACAAGCAGGCCAGCAGCGCCCUGUCCAGCCUCUCUCCGCCCGCAGUGACGUCCACCCGAAUGCUUCAGACCAUCGACACCGGGGAGCUGAUGGAGGAAGCGGCCCGGCUGGCCGCCGGCAGCGUCCGGCUCCACAGCGCUCACUGCACCCAGGAGCUCCUGCACACACUCGGCCUGGUGGAGCCACCUGGGGAAGAACAGCAGCUGGCCGAAAGCGCUCCCCAUCACCAAGCUGCUGCCAAGAAGACGCCAGAGCCUCGUCCUCAGGACGGCCGUGCUGCCGGGGGGAAACAUGGCUGCUGUCCUGUGAAAGAAGCUGAGCAGCGCUCAUGUGCCUCUUCCCUCCAAACCUCCAGCUUCGAGGUCAUCUCGCUGGAGAGCAGAUCUUCCUCUGGCUUCUGUGAAAAGUUUGCGGGCCACGGUGUUUCCGGUCCCCCGCAGGCAGAGGGUGCCAGUUCCUGUCGUGCGUCUGAGUCGGCCAGCUGCUUCCUGGACAUCGACGCUAACGGGGACGUGGUGACCCGAGCGCUGGCCGACCUGGACCUGAGCAGCAGCCUGGAGCUGAUCAGUGCUGGAGGAUACCUCCACCACCAGCACUCCCUGCUGUCCUGCGACACGGCCGAGCUGCUGCAGACCCCGUCGCCGUGCGUGAUCGACUCGGAGGCGGAGGCUGCAGGAGGAGAGGACGUCACCCCUCACGGGAGAAAUGGACCAAACGAAGACGUGGAGACUCCUUCUGCAGCCGGUGAAGCGGAGAGCUCGGACUGCUGCGAGCAGAUGAACAACGGCAUUCGGUCGGUGACGGACGUCCCCGCAACGUCCACUCCCAAGAAACCAAAGGCGAAAAGCCAGAGACUGCCGGCGGGCCCUGCACACAUCCGGGAGGGGCAGUUCGAAGGCAGUGGAUACCACAGGGACGGCACACGGAUAGAUGUGCUGUGCGACGUGAUCAGGACAAACCUUCCUGAUGGGAGCGCCCUGUUCUGUGUGUGGAUGAGCCGGCUGGGCCAGCAGGGGGCGCUGGGCCAGCAGGGGGCGCUGGGCCAGCAGGAGGCGCUGCUCAACCAGUCAGCGGCCAGUUUAGGACGGAGGACGAGCGAGGCCGCCGCGAAGGACACCAAGUGCUCCACCAUGGACUUCGAGCAGUCUCAAGCUUGCGACGGGCAGUUUGAGGAGGAGUACCAGCCAGUCAAGUCCGUGGGCCGAGGAGCCUUUGGCUUCGUGUGGAGGGCGGUGAGGCGCUGCGAUGGACAAGAGGUAGUGGUGAAGUUCAUCAGCAAAGCCAGAAUAGUGAGCGACUGCUGGGUGGACGACCCCAUGCUGGGCCGAGUGAGCCAGGAGAUCGCCAUCCUGACACGGGUGCAGCACCACAACAUCGUCAAGGUGCUGGAGGUGUUUGAGAAUGGGCGGUACUUCCAGAUGGUCAUGGAGAAGCACGGAGACGUCCUGGACCUCUUUGAGUUCAUAGACCUUCAGCCGAGGCUGGACGAGCCGCUGGGCAGCUACAUCUUCAGACAGCUGGUGGCGACGGUCUUCUAUCUGCGCUCCAAGAACAUCCUCCACAGAGACAUCAAAGACGAGAACAUCAUCAUCGACAAGAGCUUUCACAUUCGACUGAUCGACUUCGGCUCCGCCGCCAUGAUGGCUCCCGGGAAGCUCUUCCACACGUUCUGCGGCACGCUGGAGUACUGCUCCCCCGAGGUGCUGCAGGGGAACCCGUACGAGGGUCCAGAGCUGGAGAUGUGGUCUCUGGGGGUUCUGCUGUACACCCUCCUGUUCGGUGAGAAUCCCUUCUGCGACGUGGGAGAGAUCCUGGAGGCCAGGCUGAACCUCCGCUAUCAAGUCUCUGAAGAGUUGCAGGGUGUGCUGCACGGCCUGCUGCACCCUGACCCCACUGAGAGGAUGACUCUGGACCAGCUGCUGCUGCAGCCCUGGGUCAGCCAGCCCAUCUCACUGGCCGAGUACAGCUGGUCCGAGGUGGUGCCUUCCAGUCCCGGACACUGCUCGCCAGAGCGAGAAACCAAGUAUGAGGCGCCCAUGGGACAGGACCUGUUCCCACGUGACGGCGAGGAGACUCUGUCUGAUGAGGAGGAAGAUGAGGAGGAGAUGUUGUCCAGGGCUGCUCUGGAAUCGGAGCUCCAGAAGUACCUCCGCGAAGAUUAAAGCCUGGAUUUAUGAGGAGAAACCAGCAGAUAUUCCUCCAACAUUUGGUCCACAGAAGUGUCACUGCGGUGUGAAGAAGGGAAACUCGUUAGUCCAGCACAACAAAGACUUUCAGUCUUUUCUUAUUCAUUACUGAUUCAUCACAAAGUGCUGCUCGACAGAAUUCUCAGAGCUUCAGUGGGAUUUUUAUAUGCAUUUCUUUUUUUAAUUCUAUUCAUUUUAUAUUUAUUCUUUUAAGUUUGGGUUUUAAGUUUGAGUUGAAGCUGCGAAAUAUUAGAAGUGUUGACCAGAUUCCCAGGUCACCUGUAGAAUCCACAACUUCAAGCUGAGAGAAAC